AUGUUCGUUUGCCUCACACCUUUCCUCCUCCUGAUCGAGUAAAACGAUUUGAAAUCUGCUUUCGUGUGCGUGUGACUGUGUGAGUGAGAGAGUGAGGUGUGUGCUUAGAGUUUGUGGCUUUUUUACUAUCGCUGCUGCUGCUGAUGUUUACGGAAGUUAUAGUCGCCGUCUUGUAGUGGAUCAUUGUUACUUUUAAGGGAAAAGAAGUGUCUUGUUUUGUUGUUUGCAUUUGUUGCUGCAUCACCCGCAAAAGGCGGAAGAGGAAACCAUAGCUGCCAAUUGUUGCAGCAGUCACCAGCUCCAGCACCAAAGGAGGUAGUAGUACUUGUCAAGUCGAGUGCAGCGUUAGACAGACAACAACACAUUGCCACCGACAUCAUUAUCUGCCCACCAUGUCGUGGACAGAGCAAAAGGUCGAUCCGGAGUUAAUCUUCACAAAACAGGAACGCAUCGGUAAAGGAUCAUUUGGUGAAGUUUUCAAAGGCAUUGACAAUCGUACUCAACAGGUGGUGGCCAUAAAAAUUAUUGACUUGGAAGAGGCUGAAGAUGAAAUCGAAGAUAUACAACAGGAGAUUAUGGUGUUGUCGCAGUGCGACUCGCCAUUUGUUACCAAAUACUUUGGUUCGUUUCUCAAGGGAACCAAACUAUGGAUUAUCAUGGAGUAUUUGGGCGGCGGUUCGGCAUUGGAUCUAAUGAAGGCGGGUUCUUUCGAAGAAAUGCACAUAGCCAUAAUAUUACGUGAAGUUCUCAAGGGUCUGGACUAUUUGCAUUCAGAAAGGAAACUACAUCGAGACAUAAAAGCUGCCAAUGUCCUCUUGAGCGAAAUGGGCGAUGUGAAAUUGGCCGAUUUUGGUGUAGCCGGCCAGUUGACGAACACCACAUCAAAACGCAAUACAUUUGUCGGUACACCAUUUUGGAUGGCACCAGAGGUUAUUAAACAGUCCAUGUACGAUUCCAAAGCUGACAUUUGGUCGCUGGGAAUAACGGCCAUUGAGUUGGCUAAGGGUGAACCUCCCAACUCUGAAUUGCAUCCUAUGCGUGUCUUAUUCCUUAUACCCAAAAAUAAUCCGCCACAAUUGACGGGAAAUUAUACGAAAUCUUUUAAAGAUUUUGUUGAAGCGUGCCUUAACAAGGAUCCAGAGAAUCGUCCUACUGCAAAGGAAUUACUCAAGUAUCCUUUUAUUAAAAAAGCUAAGAAAAAUUCGUACCUUAUCGAUCUGAUAGACCGUUACAAGAAAUGGAAAUUACAAAAGGGUGAUGAAAGUGAAACAGAAUCUGAGAAUUCCGAUUCUGAUGACUCCAAACCGGGCUGCAAUAAUGACGAACCAUGGAUUAUGACUGUGAAAGGGGCUCAUUUUGGAAAUGAGGCCACCUCUCCACACAAGGCAAUAACUAAUAACCAUUUCAAUAGACUGGAUGAACAUGAACUGAAAAUGGAUAAACUGGCCCAUGGUAUGGAUACAUUGACACCACUGUCGCACCAUGGCAGCAAGCAUCAUUCCCAGGUAGGCGCCUCUUCCUCAUCAUCAUCCUCCUCCGUUCAAUCAACGUCUCAAAACAAGCGUGACAGUAUGGCGGCAACAUCAGCAGCAGCCUCGUCUUCUGCAGUCGCUUCCGGCCCGUCUUCAUCGGUCACAACUAUUACGUCCUCUAAUGCGGCAGCUUCGAUCAAUACCCGUGAUCACACGAAUCACCAUCUACUCCAUCACCCAGCACAGCAUUCCCAUCAUCAAGUAUCAAACAAUAGCUCCUCCUCUGCUUCCUCCUCGUCAUCACCGUUGUCGUCCAAUGCCAAUUCUUCCUCGCAACAUAAACAGUUAAUGUCCUCAACUGGCAAUUUGUUGGAGAGUUCCAGCAAGGCGGGAGUUAUGUCCAGCUCAUCGAGCACUAACUUUAAAGAACAACAAAAGGUUAGUUUGAGACCUACUCGUACCACAUCUCUGGAUGCAGAUAUUGAAAGACGAUCAUCGUUGCAGUUAAUGGAUCAUGGUAAACAACAGCAACACCGAGACGACGAUGAGGAGAGAUCCCUGCGGCGCAGUACUAUGGCAGCUUCUAUUUCCUCGGUGGCUGUAACACCAUCCAGCAGUGGUGGUGGUCAUAUGCUGGCCACCAGCAGUAGUAUGGGCAAUGUUUACAAUGGUAACUCCCAUGCAGGCUCAGCCGAUUUUAUAAACCACGAAUCGGCCUCCCUUUCACCUACAUCAUCCAAUACAAAUCAUAAGAGUAAUUCCUCAACAAAUAUUGGCGGUGGCAGCAGCAGCGGUGGUAGUCGUGUGGCACACACUAACAGUGCCUGUCUUAAUAAUUUUCUUUUUCCUAUACUCACUGAUAUUCAACGUAAAUAUAGCAGUAAUUCCAAUAAGAAUUUGAAUGUAUUGGAUAUAGGCGAUUUGAAAUCGGUAUUCGAAUUGGCCGAACGUAGUCGUCCUGGUGUAAGUGACCUGUUUCUAAAAGAAAUCAUACAUAAACUGGUACCGGGAUAUUCGGAAACACGCAUCAACAAUAUUAUGGAUAGAGCAAUUAGAAACAAGAAAUAGGUUAUAUGCCCCUACGACGUCCAAGUCCGGUUUUGUUGUGGAAUUUUAUUAUGUUAUUCCUGCUUAACGUGUUUUUAUUAUUAUUAUUAAACAAAUAUUUUAAUUGUAUUAUUAUUUUUAUUAUUAUUCGUUCUUCACGAUGAUGUUAUGUUAUCUUUCUUUAUUUUCUACCAUACUUCCACUUUGAUAGUUCCCCCCUGCGUAUUGUAUGUAAAAUUAAAUUAAUACAAAAAAUGAAAAACAAAAAAAAAAGAAACAAAGCACGGAAAACUAAACAAACAAAAACAGAUCGCAUGUGCAAAACUGCAAAAUUUGCUGCAGUAAAACGGCAAAUAACUACAAUAACUAAAGAAAUUAAUCAAUCAAUCUCCAAAAAGAAAAAACAAAAAAUACUAGAAAAUCAGA